AUGGUAAAGUAUCAAUUUACAAGUUAAGAUGCUGAAAAAUAGAUAAAUCAGGUUGCUAAAUUAUAUGAAAUUAUAGAAUAAUAAGCAAAUAUUAUCAAAAAAUUACAAAUUGAAAAUGAUUAAUAAAGGUUACAACUUUAAAGACUAUAAUAAUAAAUAGAUAAAACAUAAUACAAAUAACAAUCUAAUAGUAAUUUAUUAGAUAUUAAAGGAGAAAAUUAAAAUACAGGUAGUUCUAUAAUCUAUCUUAAUUAAGAUGAAAAAAAAAUAUUUUAAAGUGAAAUAGACAUUUUUAAUUACAAAGUUUCAAAUCCUUCAGAAUUGUAAUAAAAUAAUUAAUAUCAAAUUGAUCAUCCUAAUGAUGCUCCAUAAUUAGAAUAAAAUAAUUUUUUAAAGAACAAUAAUUCCUUAUUUCCAGGUUGUAGUUUAUUUAAUACUAAUUCAUAAAUAUAAUAAAUAUAAAUAGAAACUGAAAAAGUAUAGGAAUAAAAUAAUAUCUAAAAAGUUGAUACAAAUAAUAAUUCAUAAAAAUAAUUGAAUAAUAAUAGUAUAUUUAAUUAUCUUUCUAAUAAUGAACAACAUAAAGAAUCGAACAACAAUAUCUCUUAAGAUACUAAACAAUAAUAAAUAGAUGAAAAAAAUAAUAACUAAUGUUAAUAAUAAAAAAAUAAUAACAAUUCUAAUAUAAACAAUAGUAAUUUAGGAUAAGUUCCUAAUAUUUUUGGUGUUGCUAAAAAUGUUUAUAGUUUUAAAGGUGCUAAUUCAAAUAUGCUUAGUCUUUUAGGUGUUAAUCCAAAUAUUUAAAAACUUGCAUAGGAGGUUUGUUUACUUUAAUUGAAUGAAAAAUAAAAUGAUAAUCUUUUUUGUGAUGAAAAUCAAAAAUAAUAAAUAAAUUUUUAAGAAGAUAAUGAAUAAGAAUCUUUACUAUUUGGAGAUCCCUCUUUUAAUUGUUCUAAUGUUUAAAAUUCUUAAAGUAAAGCUGAAGAUAAGGUUUAAUAAGUUAGUCAAGAUGAAUAAUUUAAUAAUAAUGAGGGUAUUAAUGAAUUAGAAAAUAGUAAAGAAAACUCUUCUUAAAAUUAAAGUUCAAAUGAAAAACAAGAAGAAUUUUAAAUUAUAUAAUAAGAUGAAGAAUCUAAUUCAAUUUGA